AUGGCAGAUUCAAAAUGGAGUUUCUUUCCCAAAUCCGUAUCCGCACAGUUGAAACCAAACUCAAACCCUAGAACCGACAUCGAAAACGCCGAUCCAAACAUCCGUAUUCCGCGAAAUCAAUCUGUCUCUAAAUCACCCGCUUUCAGGAAUCAGAUCGAUUCAGCGUCUCGGCGAAGGGGAAUAUCGGCAUUGAAAACUAGCAAUGGAGUAGAAGAAGCCUCGAACCCACAUGUAAAGGUUGUGGUGAGGAUUAGACCUACAAAGGAGUAUUGCUGGACUGUGAAAAAAGUUUCCAAAGAUUCAUAUUCUGUUAGGGAUCGUCAAUUUACAUUCGAUUCGGUUCUCGACUCAAAUCUAAAUCAGGACGAUGUAUUUCAGCAAAUAGGUUUUCCUUUGGUUCGGGAUGCAUUAUCAGGUUACAACACUAGUGUGUUAUCAUAUGGGCAGAAUGGAAGCGGCAAGACCUACACAAUGUGGGGUCCAGCAGGUUCUAUGCUUGAAGAACCAUCUCCUAAAGGCGAGCAAGGACUCGCGCCUCGAAUCUUUCAGAUGUUGUUUUCUGAAAUCCAGAGAGAGAAGAUGAAGUCUGGAGGAAAAGAAGUGAACUAUCAGUGCCGUUGUUCUUUUCUUGAGAUAUACAAUGGACAAAUCAGUGAUUUGAUCGAUCAAACCCAGAGAAAUCUUAAGAUAAAGGAUGAUGCAAAGAAUGGUAUUUAUAUCGAGAACCUGACUGAGGAAUACGUAGAUAGUUAUGAAGAUGUAGCUCAAAUACUGAUGAAGGGACUUUCAAGCAGAAAAGUUGGAGCAACUAGCACAAGUUUUCAAAGCUCUCGAUCACAUGUCAUACUUUCUUUCAUUGUCGAGACUUGGAGCAAGGGAGCUUCAUCUAGAUGUUUCAAUACUACCAGAACCAGCAGGAUCAACCUUGUUGAUCUUGCUGGAGCGGGAUUAAAUGAACGUGAUGCAACUAAACAUUGUGUCGAGGAACAAAAAUUCUUGAAGAAAUCUCUAGCGGAGCUCGGACAUGUUGUAGAUGCUCUGGCGAAAAACGUCCACCCUGGAAUAUCUGACCGCAGUCUUCAUAAAACCUCAUGCUUGACGCAUUUAUUGCAAGAAUCGCUUGGUGGCAAUUCAAAACUCACUAUCCUGUGCAAUAUUUUACCGAGCGACAAAAACACAAAAAGAACAAUGAGCACCCUUCGAUUUGGUGAACGAGCUAAAUCCAUGGGAAACAAACCACUGAUAAAUGAGAUCUCAGAAGAAGAUGUGAAUGAUUUGAGUGACCAGAUUCGUCUUCUAAAGGAAGAACUUAUAAGAGCCAAAGCUGAUGCUUGUCAUUCUGUUGGGAGUAAAAAGGAUCAUUUCGGAGCAAAGAAUGCACGUGGAAAUUUGAAUCAACUAAGAGUUAGUCUUAACCGAUCUUUAAUGCUGCCAAAGAUUGAUAAUGACGAGGAAGAGAUAACGGUUGAUGAGGAUGAUGUAAAGGAAUUGCAUCGGCAGAUCAAGUCCUUGCGUGGUUCAUUCAACGAGAAACUAAAGAAGCUCCCUAUCUGCAGAGAGUCAGUCAGCUCUUCCUUUGUAACAGCAUUUGAUGAAUCAGAGCUAAUGGAUGAUGAUGAUGAGAUCUUUUCAGAAGAAAUAGAAACUGAAGAGAAAGAUUUGAAUGAAUCUUUCAAAGAACAUGACGACAACAAUGCUGCAGCAACAAAUAAAUCAACUGAGAAUUCCAGGAUAAAGGAAUAUGCGUCGGAAAACAGCAUAUCAAUCAAUCCUUGCCGUCAAUCCUUAAUCUUGCAAGAACCAAUCCAGUCAGAGUCUCCUAAAAUCAGAGACUCUCUAAGGAAGAGCAUAGCUCUUUCUUCAUCAUGUCUCAGGAAUCAGAAUAGCCUGGCGCAGAGCAUAAGAUCUGUGUGUCUUGCAGAGAGCCAACAUGUCAGGUCAUCUUUACGAGGAAGCAAGAUAUUCACAGGCUCUACAGAAUCUCUAGCUGCAAGUCUGAGGAGAGGCUUGGAUAUUAUUGACAGUCCGCUGAACCCUGCAUCAAACCGAUGCUCAGUUUCCUUGUCUUCUGAUAACUUGACCAUGCAACCUUCCACAGAGAUACUACUGGAUGAUAAACCUCUAUCACCACUCUGUCCUUCCUGCAGACAGAAAUCUGAGAACAGCUAUACUGUUCUUCGCAGCUCUAAAUUAUCAAGUGUAGUUGAGAAAGAUGGAAAUCAACAAAGGGAAGGGGUUACUGAGAAGCAGAAAGAGCUUGAAAGUCUAUGCACAGAGCAAGCAGCCAAGAUUGAACAGCUAACUCGCCUGUUAGAGCAACACAAGCUUCAAACUGAGAAUGAAACAGAAGAACUUGUGGGAGCAAGUAAUGGAGAACGACUUCCUUCAGCAAAUGAAAACCAGCUUCUCAGCUGCAAUGAUGUUGUUGAGCGUGACCAAGCAGAAGUCAUAAUUGAAAAGUAUGAAGUAAAACAAAUCCCAGAGGAGGACUCCAAAAAGACAAACUUUGAUAUUGGUGAGAAAGAGGCAUUACUGAAAGAAAUUGAAGAUCUGAAAAGCAAGUUGCAGAGGCCUUUAACCAUGUCCACCGAUGAACUGAGAUCAUCUUUGUUAGCCCGAUCGUUUCAACUCCGUAACAAGAAUGCUGAAAAUGAUAUCGAGGAAGAAAGACUUAGGUGCACAGAAAUGGAAAGCGAGUGGAUAUCACUGACCGACGAGCUCAGAGUUGAGAUUGAAACACAACGUUCACGCGCAGAGAAAGCUGAAGCAGAGCUUAAACAAGAGAAACUAUCUACUGAGGAGUUAGAGGAUGCUCUUCAUAGAGCUGUUCUUGGUCAUGCCAGGUUUGUUGAACACUACACAGAGCUACAAGAGAAGUACAACGACUUGGGUUCGAAGCACAAAGCAACGGUGGAAUGGAUAACAGAGUUGAAGAAGGCAGUAUCGAAGGCUGGGAAAAAAGGUUGCGGUUCUCGUUUCGCCAAGUCACUUGCUACUGAGCUCUCGGCACUUAGAGUAGAAAGAGAAAGAGAAAGGGAUUUAUUGAAAAGGGAAAACGUAAGCCUCAAGAUUCAACUAAGAAAUACUGCAGAAGCUGUUCAUACUGCUGGAGAAGUUCUUGUUCGACUCAGAGAAGCCGAACAAUCAGCAUCAACUGCCGAGGAAAAGUUCAAUGAAGUAGAAGAACAAAACGAGAAGCUAAAGAAGAAAAUGGAAAAGCUGAAGAGGAGACACAAGUUGGAAGUGGCAACAAUCAAGCAGAAUCUAAAGCAAAACACAUUGCCAGAUUCUGCAUUACAGCCACUGCAUCAGAGAAACUCGGCUAUUGAAGAAGGUAUGUAG